ACGGUAAUAAUAUUCUCAAACAAAUCGUAAUCGAUGACGUGUUGCUCGUACGAAAUGGGCUGUCUACACUUCUGUUUUGCUAACCUGGUUUAUGUGGUUCCAUCAAUAUCUUAUAUGUUUUUGCAGAACUAUGGCUACCCAACUUGCUUUUCAAUAGGGUCUGUGCUGCCACAUCGCCAAAUAUGAUGCAUAAAUCGCCAAGGUGCGUGAGGGCACUAUCUGCGAGCAUUGGCACUUCCACGCGUCGGCCCUCAAGAAAGUGUGUUCUGACCUGACACAUACAUCUACCACACGAUCGCCAACCGCCAGUGGCGCAAGAUCCUUCGCCUCUCCUCACCUGCUCCGCCUUGGCAAAGAGCCUCGCCAUGUGUGUGCGUCAGCCAUGAAACCUUCAUUGUGGCGCUCUGAUCAUCAUCUUGGUCCGCCAAUGGGUGUGGAUAUCCACGGUCUCAACAUCUCCGGUGUUGCUGGUAUGUUCAAUCUUAUGGAGGCCACUGUCCACAACUUGGGCCUCCUAGUGGAUGUUGAUGGCUAUGAUUGGGUUAUGGUAUCUCUCUUCAACCCAAGGCUGAGGAUGAGGAUUACGAGGAGGAGGCUGAGGAUGCUUUUGACCCUAGCAAGAGCUUCCUCCUAUCCUCUCUCCACCACGUUGUAGAUUUGAGAUGGGUGAGUCUUAAGCAGGUCCUUAUGUCUACCUAUAGACUACUUCACCGACCCAUUCCAGUGGCUGGUUCUCUAGAACCAGCAUAUCCUUGAUAUUCAGAUCUAGUUCGAGGAGUACUACAAGGCACGACAGGAUUAGUUCGAGGAGUGGUACUUCGCCAAGCAAGCUGAGUUCUCAGUCCGGCUUGACCGAGAGCAGGCAGCCCAUCUAUGGAACAUGGAGACCCAUGGCUUACUCGUAUAGCACGUCAGGAUUGACACUUCCACCCUGCGCACCCAGUGGGAGGACUCUCCUUUAGGUGCCAUGGCUCCAUCAUUCUCAGGCGAUGAUGUAAUGAACGUGGAUAACAUUC